AAUUUCUCAUUCUGCGGUGGUGAAUUUUAAUCAAAACAUUGUGUAACCCGAAAUGAAACAAAUUUUCGAAAAAAGCACUAUUUUUCAAUAGAUUCCAGAUAAAUUUUGUACUUUCGGUUAAUGUGUGAUAAAAUACUAUAGUCUGACCAUGCUGGCACGUCGUCCCACUCAAGUCCUUGCCGGUCUCGUUAGAAGUUUUUCCAACGUUUCCUUAGGAAAACCAAGUGCUGUUAACUCAACCUUACCGAUAUCGCUUGUUACCCGAAAACCAGCGGAAGCAUCUAGCAGCGUAACAGCACUGAAAUUCCUCCCACAAAGCAUCAGCCUGGACAUCGGUCAGCCACGGAUCAGUCCACUGAUUCCACGGAAGGAAAUCAUCGAUAUACCGCUUAUCGAUAGGAUUAUCGAAAAUCCGUUACACUCGCGGAUAACCGAAAUCGGAGAUGCCGUUCCACAAAAGCAUACCAAUAUGGACCUCCCGACUAACUCCGGCAAGGUGGACGACAACGGAAUUCAAUGUGCUCGGUUGAUCGUCAUCCGACGCAGGAAAAUGCGCAAACACAAGCUUAAGAAGCUCCGUAAGAAGAUGAAGUUCCUGUGGGCCAAGGUUCGUCAACGGCGUGAACUUCGCAAGGAGAAGGCUUUCCAGGCGGGUCUGAUCGCCCAGAUCAAGGACGCGGAACGAUUCUCAGCAGAAGCCUACGUUGCGGAUAAACUUCGGCUGGCUACCGAAACACCUAUCCCACGCUUCUGGAAGGGCAAACGGUUGCCACAGUUUAUUAUCCGUCAGAAAUUGGGUCUUCAAUAGGCUUGAAAUAAUGCAUUAUGUUACUAAAUAAAUUGGAACUAUAAAAUUUAA